UUAUAGCUCAUUAUUAACAUAAUGUUAAAACCACCUGGUUGUUAAAAUUGUUUUUUAUUUUUGUAUUUAGCAAAUUUGCAAAUUUUUUAUUUAAUAUUUUAAUAAAAUUAUGGCUGCUCGUGCUCCUAAGGUGGCAAAUAAGCUUAAAACUUUGGCUUUGGUUUGUACUGGAGGUGGUUUGGUGUUUUCGGGCUUAUGCAUUUAUCAAGGCCAAGAGCAGUAUUAUGAGAAAAUCUUAAUGCCGGCCACAAGACUACUGCCACCAGAAACUAGUCACAAAUUGGCGGUGUGGGCUUGCAAAUAUAAAUUGUUUGGCAAAUCCAAUAAACCAGAUGAUGCUAUAUUGCAAACCGACUUUUUUGGCCUAACUUUAACCAACCCUUUGGGUAUAGCGGCUGGUUUUGAUAAACAAGGAGAAGCUGUUGAAGGUUUGUCACAAAUCGGCUUUGGUUUUGUAGAAAUCGGUUCAGUUACACCAGAACCUCAACCCGGCAACCCUUUGCCUCGUGUUUUUCGUUUAGUAGAAGAUGAGGCCAUUAUAAAUCGUUAUGGCUUUAAUAGCGAGGGCCAUGCUGAGGUGUUUAAACGUCUAAAGGCUUUAAAAGAUUCGGGAAAUUUUCAAGGUGUUUUAGGUAUCAACUUGGGUAAAAACAAAACCUCACCCUCGGCCAAGGAGGAUUAUAGAAAAGGUGUUUUAAUAUUUGGACCCAUAGCUGAUUAUUUGGUUAUAAAUAUAAGCAGUCCUAAUACUCCUGGAUUAAGAGAUCUACAGGGUAAAAAAGAUUUAGAGGCUCUUUUGGAAACAGUUAUAAAAACUCGUAAUGAAUUGCAUGCCAACAAUAAAGUACCCGUAUUGCUUAAACUGGCUCCCGAUCUAACACAACAGGAUAUUAAAGAUAUAGCUGCGGUGGUAAAUAAGAAAAGCUGCCGUGUCGAUGGUUUGAUAGUCUCAAAUACUACCAUAGCACGCGAUAAUCUGAAGGAGGUUUCUUUAACUGCUUUGGAAACGGGUGGUCUGAGUGGUGUUCCUCUACGCUCCAAGUCUACAGCCUUAAUAGCAGAAAUGUAUUACCAAACUGGUGGCAAAAUUCCCAUAAUGGGUGUGGGUGGUAUUUCAUCCGGUCAGGAUGCUUAUGAGAAAAUAGAAGCUGGUGCUUCCUACUUACAGCUGUACACCUCAUUCAUCUUUCAUGGUCCGCCCAUAGUAAAGCGGGUCAAAAGUGAGCUGGCUGAAAUAUUAAAAGCUAAAAAUUACAAAUCCAUUACGGAGGCAGUGGGUAGCAAUUACAAACAUUAUUUGAAUAAGUAAAAAAGGAACAAUUUUCAUUUUUUUUCUAUUACAAACAAGCUUUGUUUUUCUCAAUCCUGGAAAUUUGAUACCGGAUAACGUUAUAGGUUUGUUUAUGUUUUUAGCAACUAUGUUAUAAUUGUAGGAAAUUUUUGAUAAAAUAUCAUUGUAGUAACUAAUUAUAGAAUGUUUCCCCUUGCAA